AUGUUGAAUGCACUUCUUCUGCUCGGCGCGACUAUCCAGUUUGCGUUGGCCCAGGAGGGCGCUUUCAGCUGUGCCAAGUUCUGGCCAGGUGUCAUACCCGGAGACCGCUUCACCGUCGUCGGCCAAUGCCAAAUGCUAGAGGGCUACCCCAAGACCAUCGGAAACACGAAAGUCAGCGUCAUCUACACCGAGGACUGGAGCACCAGUGCCCAGCUCGUCGAUUCCCUGCUGCACGAAGCCAUCACCGAGAGUGUCGCCUACUAUGGAAAUUUCGCAACGGUUCCGGACCUCGUCAUCAUCCUUGGGGCUGCUCCGAGCUCUGCUUCGCUCGAUGCGUCAUUUCCCAUACCAAACGGCCCCUGCCAGAUCCGAAGCUUUGAGUUUUGGGGCGCGGAACAGGCUCUCCAGAUGGAUCCAAAGGCCAUGCAGGGCGUUGCCCAUGAGAUCUACCACUGCGUCCAGCAAGAGUUCAAUGGAGGACAGACCCCUCCUAACAGCCCGUCACGGUGGGUGGUGGAGUCGUCGGCCGACUAUUUCAGCAACCUCGUGUUCCCUCGGGUAAAUGCUGAGUGGAGGGCUGCCGCAUAUUACGACCCAGGGGUCCCCAUCUGGAGGAAUGAGUACAACGCCAACAUAUGGUUUCAGUCUCUCGAGCCCUCGCACGACCUGACUUACAUCCAUCAGUUUGUCACGUCAACUGUUCUUACAAGCAGCGAAAGCGAAGAGAGGGCCCGUCUGACCGCUUAUGCCACAAUGGCAGACGACUUUUUCGAAUUUGCCAAAUCCUUCACCAUUGGUUCGAUCGUAGAUUCAGGUGGUGGAUAUGUCCCGAGAAUCAACACUCCUGACGAGAUUGGUGUCAUAUGGUCUGUCGAUGAGGAUGCCACCGAGGGAACUGCCGUCUUGGAAACCUUCCCGUUUACCAUAAGGGAGUUUUCAACGUCCUUCGAUCCAGGCCAGAAUAUAAAGCUCUAUGCGUCCACCACAGGGAACCAGCGACUGGCAUGGAGGCUUGCAGAUCCAAACACUUGGAAUGCAUUCCCUGGCGAUGCAUCAGGCGGUGGAUCAGAAGGUGUCAUUACUAUUCCUUGUGCCUCGGACCCAGUAGCGGUUUUUAUACUUUUCACCUCGACCGAGGACAAAGACACAGACAAGGUUGAGAUCAGCUUCGUCCAGCAAUACGAAGACGAGGAAUGCUGCAAGAGGCGCCCUAAAAAAGGUGCCCGUAAGAAAGAGUGCUCAACAACCACCGUUAAGCGCCCUCGCCCAACCCGACGUCCUCGUCCACCGCCAACAGCCAAAGGCUCUUGCAAGGGCUCGAAGAUUCCGAUGGACCCGUGCUUAAAAAGUUCUUGGAGUCUUGAUAUCCCAACGACUCAGAAAUUCAUGGAGGACAUUCUAACAGCCAUCCCACAAGUUACCGUAAAGGAUGUACGGGUCAGUGGAACCGCCAAGCUCGAAUUCCACGGCAAACAGGCCACGUUUACGUAUGACGGCUUUACCGUCGCGUAUGUUCAGAAGCUGCUGGACAGGGACACGCCGGUCAGCGUUGUCGUCAACGGGAAAGCGACUGGCGUCGUCUCCACGGCUUCAGGCGGCGACGGUUCCGGGACGCUGUGCCUUUCCUUUACCAAGGGGACGGGGACUGCCGAGGCAAAGGUGCCGUCACUGGGCGUCGAUACCAAAUUUGAUCUUGCACCCGGCGGAGGUUAUUUCUCCAACGGCAAGGCUACGUAUACUUGCCAAGGUGACAAAAUGACACUGAAGCCUAUUGGGUCUCCGAAGACCAAGAAGGGUGUGCCCAGCUGGGGCCCUUACUCGUAUAAUGCGGACUAA